ACGAUUCUGUUUCCAUUUGUAAUUCUAGUGUUUAUGAGGAGAGCAAUAGUUCUAGUGUUCAAAAAGUUUAUGAUACCAGCUUCCAUAAAGAGGUUUAUGACUCAAGUAUUCGUGAAAAAAUAAUUAAUAGUGACGAGUCAUAUUUAUUAGGAAAUUUUAAACAAGCAAAAGAAAUAUUGAAAAAUUUAGAUCAAAAAAAUAAAGGGCGUAUAACAAGUCUUGCUAGUGAAGUUAUGAAAUUACGGCAGCAAGUAACAGAUCAAGAACAGGAAAUCUUAGAUCUAAAGA